UAUUCUGAAGCUCCGGGGUUGCGCUCAUUGGCUGAGGUGAGCUCAUGGGCCUAAUCGCUAUUAUGGAAAGGUAUCUGGAGAGCGCAGCAAAACAACGACACGAGAAGAAACGAAGGCAAGCGCUAGUCUUCGUUUCUUGUGUCCUUGUUUUGCUGCUCUAUCCAGAUACCGUUCCAUGAUGACCGACGAACAGGCCCAUAUCGUCACCUUAUAGGCUAGUCUUACUAGAAGCCUUCCGCUUUGUCCGUUACAUAGGAAACUCUAGGGUCCGCUAAACUCGUUCCGUGUCCUCUCCCUUUUCUCGGCUCCGUGAAAAGGCAACGAGCGCCGCCUGUGGCGGACGUCUGCAACCUAGAUCACGUGUUGUAGCCUCUGAGAGUACCAUGGCGUCUGUUGCCAUCUCGGAGGCCCGCGAUAACGCUCGCUAACAGACGCCCGCGGGCAUUCAGCCGCCGCUGCCACAUCCGCCAGAAGUUGAAAAGGCAACGGGCGCCGCCUCACGGAAUUUAUGCUGAACUAACCGCCGCCGCAAUGGGAAAGCGAGCAACGCGACUGGCAUCUAGUAAAGGAGGCAUUGGCUAGUCUCUGCUCAACGCACUAUCGUUCUUACGUCGCUUGCGCUGUUUCCGGCGCUGUUUCUCUGUUUUCUUCGCAACACGUCGAUGGAGAACAAAAUCACUGUUUUCGCCACCGAGUAGUAGAACUAGACACAUAGGAAUAAAGCAUCUGUCCAAGCUCCGUGCAGUUGUGAUAGGGUCUCCGACGCGACGCGCGCACGGGGUCACUCAUUCAGGUGAAGGAGACAGUGGCGCCACCAGCAGUUCAAUAAAAAACGCUUCAGCGGGAAGCCCGCUCUACCCACUAACUCAAUAUGGUACGCUCUAAUAAAACGCAAAAAUUGCGUGUAUUGUGUCAUGGCGGUAUUCCGUCGUCCGUGCGUGCUUUUGCUCAGCGCUAGCUGUCGGAUCUUGUGGUUGACUUUGUGCGCACCAUUUGUUUUGUUUAGUGUGAGUUAAUGACAAGACCCUGAACGAUUAUUGACCAACUUUCGUGUUGGAAGACGUCGGUGCUGUACAACACCGAAUGACCGUUAGUGCGCACCACGUUGUGUACCGCAGUUAUGCCGACUUUGAUGAGUUGUUUCCCGUUCGCAUCUCUUACCGAUAGCCGACCAAAGAAGCACUUCUUGCCGGAUACGUAACGUCUUGCAGCUUCUUGUUGCACUCUUGUCUGUGCGCCGUUAUGAUCCAAUGCCAUUGUGACUGACAGGUGGCUUCGUUUGUUGUAUAGUUGGACAGACGUCAACGGUGCUUCAGUAUGAUGGAAGAAUCGUCGUGCGAUGCUAAUCAUGGGUUCGUCGAGAGCACCGAAAGCAUCGCUCCUCGGUUUUCUGGCCGCUUGGAGCUCCUUGCGGAAUCCAGCGCAGGCAGUGCCGCAGAAAACAUGGAGGAGAGCCGGUCGUCCGAUGCGUCGAGCCAGUGCUGCACUGACGAUACGGCGAACGAAGCUGUUGGCGAAAACACACUGGAUAGCAACGACAACUCAACACGACACAGCGAUCAAAGCGAUGACGGUAACGGCGACUGUACCAAGGCGCCCAACAGCGUGGCGUCGGAAAGCCCGCGCGCCGAGCACGAGGCGGAUGUGUCGACAGUGUCUGCUUUGGAUGAGGAUGCGAAACAAGGUGCUUGUAUUCUUGAAGCCGACGUUUCUGUGAAAAAAAAUAUCUGCAGUGAACAGUCUCGACAGUGUGAGAGCCGAAGCGAAGACGACGUGAACAAGACAUGGUGCGCAGAAACUUCGAACGACAAAUCUGAGUUGGAUGCCGAGAGCGGCGCCGGCAGCACCAGUGGCCACAAGCGGAGGCGUUCCCGUGCUGUGCCAGUUUACACUCCUGGGACUCGGGUUGAGGCGAGAGAUUUUCAGGACAAAUGGUAUGCUGCCAAGGUUGUGAGCGUUGAUGAAGAAGAUGGCGACGUGCUCAUCCACUUUGAGGGCUGGAGCUCUCGCUAUGACGAAUGGCUUCCCAUGGAUAGUCCACGGCUGCGGCUUGCAGCUAACCUUCACACGCGGAAGGAAGUGAAGAAGCACCGUUACAGAAAAUCGGAAUACAAAAAAGGAGAGGAGGUGCUAGCAAGGUGGGGCGACCGCAGGAAGUACCCUGCAAAAAUACUGGAGGUAAAAGAAGACGAAUUGUACGCUGUAAUAUUCUACGAUGGGAUCGUCAAGACCCUGAAAGCAAUUAAUAUUGAAAAGAUGCCCAGUGAUCAGAAGGGCAGUGUGGCAUUUCCUCGAGCACCUCAGAGAGAAUCUGAAAGCAAGAGUCAUCGUGAUUCAUCAAGCGACUCUUCAAAGAAGAGCCACAGCAGGCACGGAGAGCAGCGGAGGUUGUCUGAGGGUAGUAGCAAGGCACAAUCCUCUAUGGACACCAAGAAGAGUGGUGAGAAGGUGGCGAAACCCAGGCUGUCCAAGCAGAGCUCCAAGUCGGACGCCCGGAGGCUGGAAAAAAGAGAAGCAAGUGCUUCUCCAGCAACAAGCACCUCAAGUACCUCAUCACAAUCCAAGAAGAAAAUAUUGCUUGUAGGAGGGAAAUUUAUGGCCAAGAAAGCCAUCUACCCUGAAACACCUGCAAGCUCCAAGCGCAGAAGUGAUAGCAAACGUAAAUCGAGUCUCGCAGGCGAGGAGCCUUCACCAAAACGGGAAAGAAAAUCGUCAGCUACAGCAAAAGAUCUUGCAGAUGGCAGUUCUCAUGCUUCACUUGAUUUUCCACACACCGUCACAGCUCAAGAUCACUGUGCAUCCUCUGGCUUAGAUGUCUGGACAACUGCGCAGUACACGCCAGAUGGCAGACGAAUUGCCCCCAAGGAGUUUAUCAUUGAAGAGGAUCACAACCACUUCAAGUGUCACUUUGAGGGUUGUAACAAGAGCUUCCGCAAGGAGCCCCUCCUGGCAUCGCACCUCAAGCAUUACCAUGGAGGCAAGCCUGUGCUGCCAGCAACGCCCGAUCGUACUCCACCAAGCACAACUCCUGAUCUGCCUCAGCCUGUCUCCUUUGAAGCAGUUGAGCUAGAGCUGGUCAGAGCCAAGUCAGAGCACCCUUCAGAGGCUCCCAUGCCUGAGGCAGCUCUUGAAGACUCGAGUGAAGCUUUCGGUCACAAGGAAGGAGAUGGACCGCCCAUUGAUGAAGCAGCUGUGUGUCCUGACAAGGCUAGUGCUUUGGAGGCUGGGGCAAAGCUGGAGACUCCAAUAGUAUCUGAAGAAGCCACUGGAACAGGUGCACCAAGGACUGAGCAGCAGCAGCAGCAACCAUUACCACUGACAAUGCCAGAGCAGACACCUGCACUGGAGCAGCUCUCCACAGUACUCCCACCGCCUACAUCAGCUGCUGAGGUGCAACAGAUAGCUGCAGCUGCAGUGAGCCCUGCUACCACCACAACCCCCACCACACCUGCAGUUCCACUUGCCAAGCCACGGCGCAUGCGCUUCAUUCCUCACUUCACAACACUGGUAGAAGGCAGGGAGAAGCGCAAGAUUGCCAAGACUGAGAAAGCGCUAAUCGCCGACAUGGAGGCUGCAGCCAGUCGCAGGGCAUCGGCUGGAUCUGGAAGUGAUCGCAAGCGCAAGCGCACAUCAAGCACACGUAGCGACAAGUCGGAUGAUGGCAGCAAGCGUGGUGCUACUGUUAAGGAAGAGAGCAGCCGUAAGGCAAAGGCAUCCGAAACAGCCAAGGAAAGUUCAGGGCAUGGACCUGAAAGUACGCCGACUACUGAUUCUGGUGAUACAUCUUUGGAGGUAAAGAGUGAUGAAGUUGUAAUGUGCGUGUGCAAUUGUGAAGAGGAAAGUGGCCUCAUGAUGCAGUGUGAAGUGUGCCUCACAUGGCAGCAUGGAGCAUGCUUCAAAAUUGAAGACGAAAGAGACGUCCCCGACAAGUACAUCUGCUACAUGUGUGUGGCACCCAAAGAUAAUACAGACUUGCAGGCCGUGACGGAGUGCAAGCAAGAACUUGGCUCAGGCAUGCGAGAAAGUUCUCGGUUCAAACUAGACCCGGAUUGGUUCCAACAUGGCAAGAUGGCCUCCUUCGGCUUUUUGAAGGAGAGGCCUGCUAACCUUCCCAACCCAGAGCCCAUAAAAGCAACUCAUGACCUCAUGUGUUCUGUGCACAAUGUCCAGGCUGUACUCCAAAGCAUCGCCCACAAGAUCAAUGUGGCAAGUGAAAAGAGCCAUCCAGACUUGAAGUACUUCACUGUGCCAUGGGUGAAACGAAAUGUUGCUAACGAGGCACUCGAAGUCCUUGAAAAGCAAGAUCGCACCCCGAGAAGCCCUGAAAAGGACGAGUCAAGGCCAAGCGGGCACAUGCAUCUAUCAACCUAUGAUCAUGCUUACUUCGCACCUGAAAGAGCCACGACUCCUGAGCUGACGCAAGAAGCUCCAGACGUUAUCAUCAGUACUGGUGGUGAUAGCAGUGCAGGUGACCUUCUGGUGCAGGACAUAGCCAUGGAGGCCUUUGAAGUCGGCUGUGUUGAAGAAGUUGUCAACAAAGGAGAGGAACUGGAUAUCAUUGGGGGUGAGGAAGAGGUCACCUCACUCAGCACGGAUGAAGACGGCCGGGGCAGCAGUGCUUCUGCUUCUACGGCACCCGGGGCUUCCCCAACAAAGAGCAGUAGUCUGUCUAAGCAGGCCAAUGGAACGGAAGAAGCGAGCCUGGAUGCCGAAGCCUGCAAAGUAAACCUGUUGCAUCAUGUCCUUGAUCUGGAAGACCAACUGGAAGGGAGGAUGGAUGCUUUGGAGGAGCAGCUUCGGGUGCUUGAGCAAGAGAGCUCCAUCAAUGGGACAGACUCAAGCAUAACAGAAGAGGAGGACAUGCUGCGGCUGAAGUUGUCGCUGAAAGGCCUCAUGAAGGACUUGAAUGCAGUGCACCGGUUGACACUGUUCCGGUGACCUGGAUUGUGCUGCCGACGGACAGUGCGUGGUUGACAGCACAUUGUACAUUCUUGUGUGGAAGCUUUCAGUUGUGUCUGACCUUCGGUGUGAACAUUUUUUCUUUAUUUCCUACCAACUUCUUGCAUACUUUUGAAUGGUCAUGCCAGUAGCAAGAAGAUGUGCAUUUACUACGCUGUGACAAACCCACAUUUGUAGAUAUGCUGUUAGUCUAGAGAGAAAGAAAAAUAUGGCCAUUAUUUAGUUUGUGCAGGGUCAUGCUGGUAUUUAUUUAUUUCUUGUGGAAAGCUGUUCCGUGUGUCUGACGUGUGAAAGUUUGUGGAAAACUCCAAAUUUUUAUUUAUAUGUCUAUAACUUUUGUGAUGUCACUCAAUUUCAUUACCUGCUUUACCGUUUGUUACUUCAUGUUGAAAGCUCUGUAGGGAUUAAAACCAUGGAAAACUACUGUCUAGCUCACAAAAGAACUCAUGUGAUUUAUUCUGCCUGUACUUGCUAUGAAAGUUUUCAGUCCUCUUCUUUUUCUUCUGAUGCAGAAAAUUUUUUGUACUGCUGAGGGUUUUUUUUUUUUUCUGUGUCACCAACAGGCAAUGUGUACUUCUGAUUUCUUCCAGAUGAUAAAGGCAAAUACUAUUGCAUACAGACAUUAUAUUAAAUGGAAGAGAAAAUGCU